UCAGAAUCCUUUCACGGUUCAACUGAAUUCAUUAUAAAACAGACAUAAUGAAGGCGCUAAGGCUGUUUUUGCAGAUAUAAAGUAUCCUGUAGUCAAGCAAGCUCAUUUUAGGGUGAAAUGAGAGUCGUAAUGGUCAAAGGAAUAUUUGCAAUAGGUGUGAAAUGGCUGUCAAUGGGUCGUCAGUGUCGCUGGGAGGAUCUGAUACCUAGUCAGGUUUAGGAUACAAGUCAGGUUGGUCAUCAUAGGGAUCGUAAUCAGUCUUUGUCAACAUCAGCGUUUGGUCAUUAGUGAUUUCAACGAGCGUGAGGGACUGCUUCAAACGAGAGAAACAAGGCAAAAUGAGUAAGACAAGAAGAAUUAUUGCACCUAUUGGUAGACAGACGGUUAAUAUACACGAGCCCCAUCCCCUGAGUACUGAGUUCAGCCAGUCAAACCCCAUCUCGCUAGUCUGCGGAGGGUUGCGUAUCACAGACCGCAUGUGUUCAAUGAUAGAAUAACCAUUAUGUGUCUGCGUGACGAGGGGACGUGUGGUGAUGUGUGGGUAGCACUGUUGGCAAUGAUUCUUACGACGAAAGCUGAUACAGAAUGGUUUACAGAGGCGGCCAAUAUCUUGGCAUAUGGGCUUUUAACUACUAAUUGUCGUCCAAUCUGCAGCAAUAGUCUACUAAAGAACUUCGCGGGCUUAUGUGGGACCUAUAGAAAUCACGUCGCUUUAGGCACUUAGUCCCGUCACCACAAUCAGCUAAAUACCAAAUUUGGGUAUAAGUGUGUGCGUCAUGUACUCUUUCUGCCACAAUGAUAUGAUUGGGGGGAUUGAUCAUCAAGUCUCCCACCCAGUAAACUCCAAUAUCGUGCUUUGGUUUAUCUUUCCAGCUUAAGGGUCUAAGACCCCCAGUGUUGUUGGGAACGGUCCCAGUGAUUUGUGAGUUUAUUUCUAUGACCGGGCUUACUAACAGAUACCACCUAUACCAGGAGAAGAGUGCACGAUUAGGAAUAGGUUUGUAUGUAUGAGUGGAUGUGCAGGUCGACAUGUAAUGAUUUGUGUCUAGUCUGCAACAGCAGUCUGCAGUCAGGGAGCUUUGGGGCGUAAGAGGUGAGGUAGCAAAGUCACGUCAUCUAACCUCUGUCCUGGUCACGUGGCUAUAUAGUACGCACUAAUGAAGUUCAUUCCUCCUAAGAGUACAGUUUCCAUGUCGUCAACAUUUUAUCCAAAAAUGACCUGUCCGUGAUUUGGCAGGCUACUAGAUACCACUUGGUGUCUUGUGUUGUGUAACCACAAGGAACUGGUCUGAGAAUGUGUGUUUGAGUGCAGUGUGUCACGUGUGUGUGUGGGUGUGCAUAUGCAGAUCGUAGCCCGUGAGCGUCGGUCCUCCUAGAGGUCUCUCGAUAGAAAAUCACUUUCUAGUCCUCCUGUUGCAGUCCCGUCUUCUCCAGCUCAUUGCUCGGCUCUGGCACUCUCCUGCAGUGGCUGGCAUGUAUUCACGUGGCUCUCUGGCUGACCUUUACCACAGAGGGAGUGACGAAAAGGAUCUAGAAUGUCCCCGACCACCGUGGCUUGUUCCACCUGGUCCUGCGGAAGUCCUUGAUCACGAUCCACUCUCCGGGCUUCAGAUCAUGCAGCGGGCCCAUGGCUGGAGCUGGAAGCGCUGCUUUUACCUGCUUGUGGAUAGAGCGUGGAUCCGAGGACAGGGUUGCACAGUAAUUUAACAUUGCAUCAUCACAUGCUGCAGCGUCGGGAAGAGACGCUGUCACAGGUCCAAUUCCUGUGUGUGGAGGUCUCCCAGACAGUAUCCCAAAGGGGCUUUGCCCAUCCUAAGCCUGUUUCCAAACAGCAUUUGCUUAAUCUGUUUUUUUUUUAGUGUCCCAUUUUCUCUCUCUACCACUCCACCACUAGCUGGAUGAUAUGCAUAGUGUUGCUUUAAGUCAAUACCCAAAUAUUCACCCACCUACUUAAGUGCAUGGCUCACAAAAGAUGUGCCAUUAUCACUGGAGAUUUUUUGUUGGAGUUCCCCAUCUAGGAAUUACUUCUCUAAGCAACACCUUUUGCUACCGCAUCCGAGUCCUGUUUGGACAUAGGGAUGCGGCCUUCUCUACCUUCAAACCUCAACCCACGUUAUGAGUUGCGUGUUGUGAGUUUGGAGGUGAGAACUACAGCUACUUUGACUGAUAAAAACCCCUCAAACUUUUGGAGUUUGCUCUGCACAAGAAGCGCACGCUUAUGUGAGCCAUGCCUUGCCAAAAAGCUUUCAGUGGAUCUACGAUCAAGAAUUGAACAUCAUGAUUUGGGCCUGCUUUGCUGCAUCAGGGCCUGGCCAGCUUGCAAUCACUGAGGGGAAGAUGAAAUCCCAAGUAUAUCGGACAAUUCUUCAGGAUAAUGUGAGAAUGUCUGUACAUCAGCUGAAACUGUGUAGAAGUUGGGUGAUGCAACAGGACGACGACCCAAAACACCGGAGCAAGUCCACAACAGAAUGGCUUCAGAAAAACAAAAUCCACCUUUUGGAGUGGCCAAGUCAGAGCCCAAACCUCAACCCAACAGAGAUGCUAUGGAAUGACUUGAAGAGAGCCAUACACAUGAGACGUCCAAAGAAUAUGACGGAGCUAAAGCAGUUCUGCCAGGAAGAAUAGGCUAAAAUUCCUCCUGAACGAUGUGCAGGUCUGAUCCACAGCUACAGGAAGUGCCUGGUUGAGGUUAUUGCUGCCAAGGGCGGGUCAACCAGUUAUUAAUUCUAAGGGUCCACUUACUUUUUCCACUGCCAUUUUGAAUGUUGAAUGAGUGUGUUCAAUAAAGACAUGAGGGAUCAGAAUUUAUUUUGUGUCUUUAUUUUAGGCACAUUAUAUUUGUCAAUACCCUUGACUUAAAUGAAAAUCAGAUCACAUUUUAUGACAAAUUUACUCAGAAAACCAUGAAAUUCCAAAAGGUUCACAUACUUUUUCUUGCCACUGUAUAUCUUAGUUUUGAAGCUGUGAUUUAAGAAACACCAAUAUCUCUGCCAUCGCAGCGGCGAAGCUCCUGGAACUUCUUAUAAGAAAUCGCUCAAUGUAAUACACGCAUUUCUUAUAACAUUGACUCCCUUCCACACAGACAGCAAUACUCUAUGACUUCAUAAAAUUCUAAUUCUACUUCUAAAUUCUUGAUUCCUACCAGUCAGUGGUAAGGCUGCAUUGGUCUUUCGCUCUGCCCAAUAAACGGCAAACCGCCUGCGUGUCAACACUUCAAGACUUCAGGGUGAAACUCUUUUUUUGCUUGUCCAAAUUGUCGUGGAAAUUAGACAACACAUGCAGACACAUCCUCUGAAGGUGAAAGGUUUCUUGCUUCAUCCAAAACCAAGUACACCAUCUAAACAACAUGCCAUUCCAUUUUGGUGGGGGAUCCCUUUUGAGGCCUCAGAAGAGUCCAGCAGAGAUUGUGAAGAAUCUCAAGGAGAAUGUGGCCUGCUUAGAGAAGCUGGAAACAUCUGACAACAAGAAGAGUGAAAAGGUUGCUGAGGAAGCUUCAAAGAAUCUAGCUUUGUUGAAAGAGGUGUUGUCUGGUACUGGAGACAAGGAGCCUCAAACAGAAGCAGUGGCCCAACUGGCACAGGAGCUUUACAAUACCAACCUCUUCAUCGCCCUCAUAGCCAACCUGCAGAGGAUCGACUUUGAGGGAAAGAAGGAUGUGGUUCAUCUGUUCAGCAACCUAGUGCGGCGUCAGAUUGGCACCCGCACACCCACUGUCGAGUACAUUUCCUCCCACUCUCAGAUCCUCUUCAUGCUGCUGAAAGGCUAUGAGAGUCCAGAAGUGGCUUUGAACUGCGGCAUGAUGUUGAGAGAGUGUCUCCGUCAUGAGCCCUUGGCCCGCAUUGUUCUCUUCUCUGAGGACUUUUAUCGUUUCUUCCACUAUGUGGAACUCUCCACUUUCGAUAUUGCCUCAGAUGCCUUUGUUUCAUUUAAGGAUCUUCUAACAAGACACAAAAUAAUGUGUGCGGAUUUCUUGGAGACGAAUUAUGACCGAGUAUUUACAGAGUACGAAAAGCUGCUGCAUUCUGAAAAUUACGUCACCAAACGGCAGUCUGUAAAGCUGUUGGGAGAGCUCCUGCUGGACAGACACAACUUCACAGUCAUGACCAAAUACAUCAGUCGAGCCGAGAACCUGAAACUCAUGAUGAACAUUUUGAGAGACAACAGCCGCAACAUCCAAUUUGAAGCUUUUCAUGUCUUUAAGGUGUUUGUGGCAAACCCGAAUAAGACACAACCUGUUUUGGACAUCCUGUUGAAGAACCAGUCCAAACUGGUGGACUUCCUGAGCCAAUUCCAAACAGACCGCUCGGAGGACGAGCAGUUCUGCGAUGAAAAGAACUAUCUCGUCAAGCAGAUACGAGAUCUCAAGAGGCCUGCACCACCGGAGCAAGCAUAAAGGACAAAAGAACAGGACUGUACAGUUGGGAUGGUGACCUGUUUUGUGCAGUUGAGGAAAUAACAAAGAAAGAAUGACAAACAUGCCUCUCUCUCAGAUCCCCUUUUGUUUGCAGCUGACCUCCAAAAUGUGCAACAAAAAUUGUUGUAGUAAUAUGUGCGAGCUCAGUAACCCUAACCCCCCCCCCCCCCCCCCCCCCCCCGCUUAGGAACAAGUAUGAAUUUGCUGUGUGAAAAGCAAGAGGGACCCAAGCACUCUGUUUAUACUCCAAAGCUUUUCCCACGUUUGGGAAACAUUAUUUGAUUAUUUUGAGCCGAUUUUCUGACAUAAGUCUCUCUGCAGCUCCUGACUGUGAAGUUUAUUUUAUCUAUGGUAUAAAAGCAGUUUAAAUAAUUACUCCAAGCCUUUCCAUGGCAGUUAAUGUUCCUUUUUUUUCUUUAUAAUGAAGCAGGAAGUGAAGUGCUUAAGGAGUAACAUCAUUUCACAUAGUCAUUUCUACUACAUUAUAAAAAGUCUUAGGUAAGCUCUUAAAGCUGUUUUAGGGUUGCAGUAAAAGCAAAUGGUAACAAAGCAUUUAAAGCAAAGGUGUAUAUCACAUAUGUCAUGAAUUUAGAACAUAAGGCACUUAAAAAAAAUGUAUGCCAGCCUUAUCAUAAUAAUUAAAUCAGUUUCCCUUCUCCCGAAAGAUUUUUAAAAUUUGUCUUUUCAAAGGUGAAUUUCCAGCAAAGUUGCCUAUAAUUGAGAACUUGCAGACUUUAUAGGUUCACUGUCUCAUUCCUGACCAUAUGCUUAUUUUCCUGAGUGGUACAUUAUUUAAAGUGCAUUGAUUGGUUAAUACUCUCAAAUAGCUUUAUACUAUUAUUCUGAUUUAGUUUGGUCAGCAUGUUAUUUUAACUCGAUGUGAGGCUAUUUAUGAUCUAGAUUUAAAAAAUGGGUAUUGUUAAAUUUAUUAGCUGUGAAACUAAUUCUAGGUAUGCAUAUUUCACUGAUUACACACAUAACAUGGAACGUUUAACCUCUUCACGUACACUGUAAAAUUGUAAGAAUGAUGAUUACAGAUCCAUGUCUGAUGCUUCUUAAGUGCUGCGUUUUGAAUUUCAGCUUAUGCACAUGAACUUAGAGACCACUGAAGCCUUUAACAGAUGCCUCCAACAUACAUGCAUGCACACACACACACAAAACCCCACAUUUAACACCAUUUUCAUACCAUUAUCUGUACUGUCAACCUUGAAUGAGUCAAAACUGUGGUAAUGUGUUGUAUCUUAAGAUUGUAUUUUUAGGUUCAGAUCUGUUUUGCACUUACACCUUGGUUAUUGGAAGGCCUUUUUGAAUAGAAAUGCAAAACAGGAUUCUACUGAAAGCCUUCAUUGAAUUGGUGAGUUUAUUGUAAAUUCCACCUUGUAUUCAAUGUACUCUGUUUGCACAAAUUCUUCUCUUAUAUACCUCAUAGGUUUUGAGUUGCUUAAGUGCUGUGUCCUUUCCCCCUCUUGACCAGUUUCAUGUUAAAUUUCUAUGAUGUUAGUGUCAUAACAUCAUAAUUUUUUUGCCCAUCAGUUGCUAAAUAGUAUCUACAAGGGGGAAAACAUUAACUGUGACAUGUGCUGGCAUGGUAUGGUACUUUUGAAUGUGAGUGUGCUGAUGAUAUUUUUCUCAGUGUAUGUGGAUGUUUUAGUUCUGUGAGGAUUAUAGAGUAAAAAUCCCUUUUAAUAUAGCAUGAUUGUGCCAAGACAAGCAGAUGUGAACAGCAAGCAGAGUGCAGGGUUUAAUAAGAUCAUUAGAAGUACAUUUUUGCCUUUUGUCUUUUACAAAUGAAGUGUGACUGAACCUCCAUCACACCAAGAUGUCUUUCUGUACUCUCAGUACAAGCUUAUAUUAGUUUGUCCUAUAAAGUUUAAACCUGUAUAAUAGUCAAAUUCAGGAGCAGUGGGUCAAAAAUGUUCAGCUAAAUAGUUUAUAUUGUGUGCUGGAGUUUUGGACAGGAUGCAAAUGCCAACCUUUGUCACCCAGUUUUAAUAACUGAUAUGUAUCUGUUGAUGAAAGUGAUUGAGAAUGACAAUGUCCAUUGCUUACUAAAUUAUUGUUUGGGGUUUCUGGCUUCAAGAUUGGGCAUAAAUAUAUGUUUUACUCUA